UUUGCUUUUGCCUAAUUUGCUUCCCCACCCCGACAGGAAAGAAAAAAAGAAAAGUUCAACCACAAAACAACAUCCAUAAAACUUUAAAAGAGAGAGCCAAUGAAUCGCUAGCUCCUGCCUUUUUCCUAGACAUGUUGAUCAACAUCUUUUAAUUAAUAUCUUCAUGCCUCUCUUUUUUUUAUCUCCUCUUGCGUAUUUAGAGACACACACACACACAUCCCACCACCAAAUGCAUGAUUAAACCUCCCUGAUCUCUUCCUUUCUGGCAUUUCAUUUUUUACCAUCUUCCCUUCUUUCUUUUAUGUGGUAUGUACUCUUACCUUUACACGCACAUCUAUAUCAGCAAGAUUAGUAGGAGUAGGACGUUGUGGCAAAUUAGUUUUAAUAUAUAAUACAUGGAUGAGUCGUGGCGAAUGCGCAUGGGAGUGCCAACGCCAAGCGUCCCAAGACGCCGCUCCAUGGAGGAUAUUGCAACCACAAGACAUUCCAUGGAUGCCAGAUUGGACCCAGAUGACUUCUCUGACGUCUUCGGUGGGCCUCCAAGGAGUGUUCUCUCUCGCAAAUUCCCCGCCGAUUUCACCAGAUCUUCUUCUUCGUCUUUCUAUGAGGAGAUUUUCCUCCCAGAAACGGACUCUCUUUCGAAAGGGAAAAAGAAUGGCGGACGUAGCCUGCCGGCGUUCAGAAUCCCGGCCAGGGGAGAAGGGUUCUACAGUGAUGUGUUUAGGUUGUCGGACGAGGGCAGGAGGUCCAGGCAACGGUCAAGGGCCACCUCCAAGUCCAAGUCCAACUCUUCGUCGGUGCUGAGUUCGGAGGAGCUUAGUCCUCAACGGCGGCUGGUGACCGGAGAUGACGUUGCAUUAUCUUCUUUCGCUUCAAAGCUCAGGCCAAUCAAUGUACCUUACAGAUGGAACUCAGCCACAGGGAGGCCCGAAGCACAACCAGCUGGGAGACAAUGGAACAUGCCAUCUUUUCCACGCAAUCAUACCGAGAAAUGUUACAUGGAAAAUGAAUACAUUGAUGAGAAAGUCAGAUGCUGCUCCUCUUAUUUUAAGGUUUCACGGCAGGUCUCAUCCCCAGAAACCAUUAGUCUUGAACCCCAUUCACACCGAAGCAUCAAAAUUCCUGUGGAUGAUUUAGAACUCAACUCCCCUUCAUCUCCGACCUCUUCACUGUGUCAUGAACCAGAGGCAAAAGUUGGUGUACAGUGUAAUAUAAUGCUAGAAGAAGAACUGGAACAGGUUGAAGAUGAAGAUGAAGAUGAAGAUGAAGAUGAAGAUGAAGAUGAAGUAAUGAGUUCUUAUGUUAUCGAGAUCAAUUCUGAUCAUAGAGAAGGGACUGGCGAAGCAGUUUCUAUUGACGAAGCAAUUGCAUGGGCUAAGGAGAAAUUCCGGUCAAGAUCUUUUGAUAGACAGCACGAAAAUGUUUCGAUGGACCACCACUCAGAUGAAGCAGAAGAAAGGCGUAAUGUGCAUGAUUUUGUUGGGCAUCAAUUGGAUGGACAUGGGAGUAGGCAAUGCACCAUGGAAGAAGAGCUGAAGAAAUCCAGAAGAGAAGAAGUAGAAAAAUCAGAAAAAGAUAUGGAGAUGGAGUUAUUGGAUGAAGACAUUAGGUUGUGGUCAGCUGGCAAGGAAACUAAUAUCCGUCUGCUGCUAUCCACACUUCAUCACAUUCUAUGGCCAAAUAGCGGUUGGUAUGCAAUCGCCCUAACAAGCCUCAUUGAGAGCUCACAAGUAAAGAAAGCUUAUCAGAAAGCAAGGCUAUGUCUCCAUCCUGACAAGUUGCAACAAAGAGGAGGAACACUCUCACAGAAAUAUGUCGCAGAGAAGGCCUUUUCCAUCCUGCAGGAUGCAUGGGCUUCUUUCAUCUCCCAAGAUUUGUUGUUUAACUAGUAGACGAUUCAAGAUUUUUUUUGCGCUCAGUUUCUUCAGCUUUGAAAACCAACAAGAGAAGCUAGCUCGAUCAACUAAACGGAGAAUGAAGAACAUAUCCAGAAUAGAUGUGUGCGACGCAAAUUGCUGGAAAUUGAAAACAAAUCAUGUAUUCAGAAUAGUUCAUGUUCAUCCUCUGCAUGCUUUCCAACGUUCCUUGAUUAAUGUCUGAACAAUGAGAGACAAGAUAUGCUACGCAACAAUGAGAAAGAGGGAUAAUGUACUAAUGUUCUUUGCUUUUUCUUUUUUCUUUUUAAUUUAUGGUCAAUAAUUAUUGAUUGUAACUUGGUUUUUGACUUCAAUAAGGCAUUUCAAGAUCAA